AAGGUACUUACUCUGAUCAUUUCUAUUCUAUAAUGAGCUUGCAUUGACAGAGAAAACUUGACUUUGCGCACACAGUGAAGGAGCUGAGAAGCGACGACGAUGGAGUUUGAAGAGCUGAGAGAAGCUGUAGAGAAGGCGGAGCUGGUGGACUCCCACGCCCACAACAUCGUCGCCAUCGACUCUGGCUUCCCCUUCAUCAACUCCUUCUCUGAGGCCGCCGGCGAGGCCUUGUCCUUCGCCCCUCACUCCCUCUCCUUCAAGAGAAAUUUGAGAGAUAUUGCCAACCUUUACGGGACCGAGUCAUCUUUGCGAGCUGUUGAAGAUUAUCGCCGAACUGCUGGGCUGCAGUCCAUUGCCUCGGCUUGCUUUAAAGCGGCAGGAAUUUCUGCUCUGCUAAUUGAUGAUGGAUUGGAGUUGGACAAGAAGCAUGACCUGAGGUGGCACGAACCUUUCGUCCCGUUCGUUGGCAGAAUAUUGAGGAUUGAACGCUUCGCUGAGAAGAUCCUUGACGAAGGGACGCCAGAUGGAUCUGUUUGGACAUUGGAUAUGUUCACUAAAAUCUUUGAUGAAAAGCUAAAGUCUGUUGCUGGUGAGAUAUACGGCUUGAAGAGUAUAGCUGCAUAUCGUAGUGGUCUAAAAAUCAAUCCAAAUGUCAGUAAAAUAGAGGCCGAGGAAGGUCUUAGGCAUACUCUCCAUGCUGGAACACCUGUACGCAUCACAAACAAAAGCUUUAUCGACUAUAUCUUCUCUCGGAGUCUGGAGAUUAUCGUGGGCUUCAACUUGCCAAUGCAAAUACAUACAGGAUUUGGAGACAGAGAUUUGGAUUUGCGUCUGGCUAAUCCCCUGCAUCUCCGAGCUGUACUUGAGGAUAAGAGAUUUGGGAAGUGUCGCAUAGUUCUUUUACAUGCAUCAUACCCAUUCUCCAAGGAGGCUUCUUACUUGACAUCUGUUUAUCACCAGGUUUACCUUGAUUUCGGGCUUGCAGUUCCCAAGCUUAGUGUGCAGGGCAUGAUAUCCUCUAUCAAAGAACUUUUGGAGCUAGCUCCAUUGAAGAAGGUGAUGUUCAGCACUGAUGGUUAUGCUUGUCCUGAAACUUUCUACUUAGGGGCCAAAUGGGCAAGGGAAGUUGUUUUUUCUGUUUUACGUGAUGCAUGCAGUGAUGGUGACUUAUCAAUUCCAGAAGCUGUUGAAGCCGCAAGAGACAUUUUUGCAGGGAAUGCAAUUCAAUUCUACAAUAUCAAAAUAAUACCUAAAUCUCAUUCAACCAACUCUACAUGUCCCAACAAGUUGGCUACUACUGUCUCUCAGAACGAUGCUUCACUUGUUCGAGUUAUCUGGGUAGAUGCUUCUGGACAGCACAGAUGUCGUGUUGUCCCUGCCAAACGCUUCAACGAAGUUAUUGUGAAAAAUGGUGUUGGUUUGACUUUUGCAUGCAUGGGUAUGACCUCUGCAGUUGAUGGUCCAGCAGAAGAGACCAAUCUGACUGGGACGGGUGAAAUUAGACUGAUUCCUGAUCUGUCGACUAAGUGGCAAAUUCCAUGGGAAAAACGGGAGGAAAUGGUCUUGGCUGAUAUGCAUCUUAAACCUGGGGAAGCUUGGGAAUAUUGCCCCAGAGAGGCCUUGAGGAGAGUUUCUAAGAUUUUAAAAGAUGAAUUCGACUUGGAAAUGAAUGCAGGGUUUGAGAAUGAGUUCUAUCUCUUGAAGAGUGAGCUCAGGGAAUGUAAAGAAGAAUAUGUACCAAUUGAUUCAACAAACUAUUGUUCUACAUCAGCAUAUGAUGCAGCAAGCUCGAUUUUGCAUGAGAUAUUAGCUGCUCUCAACUCCCUGAACAUCCCAGUGGAACAGUUGCAUGCAGAAGCUGGAAAUGGCCAGUUUGAAAUGGCUCUUGGGCACAAAGCUUGCCACCUUGCAGCUGACAACCUGAUUUUCGCUCGUGAAACUAUAAAGGCUAUUAUGAGGAGACAUGGGAUUUUGGCAACAUUCGUACCCAAGUAUGCACUUGAUGAUAUUGGUUCUGGCUCCCAUGUGCAUCUCAGUCUAUGGCGGAGUGGACAAAAUGUUUUCAUGGCAGCUGAUGGAUCAUCUAAGCAUGGGAUGUCUGAAGUAGGUGAGGAGUUCAUGGCAGGAGUUUUAGCUCAUCUUCCUUCGAUUAUGGCAUUUACUGCUCCAGUACCUAACAGUUAUGAUCGAAUACAACCCAACACAUGGAGUGGUGCAUACUUAUGCUGGGGUAAGGAAAACAGAGAGGCUCCGCUGAGAACUUCUUGCCCACCAGGAAUAUUGGAUGGUUUGGUAAGCAAUUUCGAGAUCAAGUCAUUCGAUGGCUGUGCAAAUCCAUAUCUGGGCUUGGCCGCUAUUGCCGCAGCUGGCAUUGAUGGUCUGAGGAAGAAACUUCGUCUCCCCGAACCUAUUGAUGCAAACCCAUCUAGCCUUGAAGGGAAGCUUCGAAGACUGCCAAGAUCACUUGCUGAAUCUCUCGAAGCCUUCAGAAGAAACAAGAUCAUCCAAGAGUUCAUUGGCAAGAAGCUCUCGAUAGCCAUUAUGGGGAUCCGCAAGGCUGAGAUCGAGUACUAUUCAAACGACAGGGAUGCAUACAAGAAACUUAUACACCGGUACUAAGUUCUCUUCGUGUCUGCAGCAUGUUGGCCACCAUUGACACAAUCAUCAGGCGGUAAACACGUCAUGGGCAUUCAUUUAUAUUCUGUUGCAGUAGCUGACUACAAGUUUUUAUUUGCAUUUUGUAUUGCCAUUUCAUAAGCGAUCACAAAAACUCAUCGAGGUGUAAGUGAAAUAGCCAUCCCCUUUACUUUUUGGAUUCAUUUGCCCGAUUGAAACUGUUACAUCCA